CGGGAAUUGUAGUCGGCCGGAGAACGGCUGAGCGACGCCGGAGCCUCACCCCGGGGCCGUCUCUCCGCGACAUGGCGGCGUCCGCAAAGAACUGCAGGUGUCAUAGAGAAGAGUGAUCUUCAUCAGCCCAGUGGUCAUCCAGGAUAUGAAAUCUGCUGUUUUUAUCUAGAUGGAUGAAAAGGUUGACAACCCAGAAGCACAUCUCCUUUGGUUUUCAAGAUGGCAGCAGCCAGUGGUGAAAACCAGCUGCAACGGAUUAUCAGGGACUUGCAAGAUGCUGUGACUGAAUUAAGUAAAGAAUUCAAAGAAGGAGGGGAACCAAUCACAGAUGACAGUGUCAACUUGCAAAAGUUUUCCUACAAGCUUGAAUACCUUCUACAGUUUGACCAGAAGGAAAAAAGCACAUUGCUGGGGAACAGAAAAGACUACUGGGAUUAUUUCUGUGACUGCCUGGCAAAAGUCAAAGGAGCCAAUGAUGGAAUCCGCUUUGUCAAGUCCAUUACAGAACUACGAACGUCUCUUGGAAAAGGCAGAGCAUUUCUUCGUUACUCUCUGGUUCAUCAAAGGCUGGCAGACACCUUGCAGCAGUGUUUUAUGAACACCAAAGUGACCAGUGACUGGUACUAUGCAAGAAGUCCAUUUCUGAAUUCCAAAAUGAGUUCUGACAUUGUGGGUCAGCUCUAUGAGCUCACAGAUGUUCAGUUUGACUUGGCAGCAAGAGGCUAUGAUUUAGAUGCUGCUUGGCCAGCAUUUGCCAGGAGGACACUGUCCUCAUUUGGAUCUUCAGCAUAUUUAUGGAAGCCCCCCAGUCGCAGUUCCAGCAUGAGCAGUUUAGUCAGCAGUUAUUUGCAGGCCCAAGAGUUUCCCUCCAGCCCCGACGCAAACAACACGCUAAAUGUUGAACACCUUGAGGGCUUUGAAGAGAUGCGUGUCGAGCUGGACCAGGCUGAGCUGAGGCAGAGGGAACUUCAAGAUCGUAUUCACCAGCUAGAAAUAGAAAACCAGGAGCUGCAGGCAGCUGUCAGCCUUCAGAAAGAACAAGUACAGGUAGAAAAAGAGAAGAGCAAUAACUACAGUGUGGAGAACUCCCGUCUGACAAAGAUGAUCACAGACUUACAGAAGCAGUGUGAGGUCUCACACUCAACUCAGAGUACUGUUCAUGACCUGCAGAAGUGCCUGCAGUCAUUGGAACUGAAUGCAGUGGAGCAGCAGAAGGAAUAUUCAACAAAGUUGGAGCAACUGGUGACCAGCAAGGAAGACUCUGCUUCAAAACUGCAGAUGUUGAAUCAGGAACUGGAGGCCUCCAGGGCUUUGAUUGCUGUGAAGGAUCUUUGCAUCGAUGAGCUCAAAGCCAAACUGAGUUCCACAGAACAGAAGAACCUCAACCUCCUUGGUAAAGUUGAUGCUGCCUUGGAGGAAAAGGGACAACAAGCCACAGCCCAAUGUGACUCUGCCCUGCAGAUACCAGCACUGGUAGAGAAGCUUCAGGAGGCAGAAAAGGAAAAGGCAGACAUGCAGAGACUGAGUGACAAACAUGCAGCUCAGCUGAGAGCAGCCAGGGAGGAGCUACAGCUGAAAGAACAGGCACAGAAGGAGCUGGAAUCCAGAUUCCAUCGUCUCACUGCUGAGUCCAAAGAGGAAAGUGAAAAGCUGCUUGGGAGCCUGGAAACAAGAGCAAAGGAAAUGGAUGCGCUUCAGAAGGCUUUAACCCUGAAAGGGAAGGAGAUGGCUGAGCUUCAGACCCAGGUAAUGGGGUCGCUGGCUCAGGUGGGGUCACUGGAAAAAAGUCUUGAGGAAGCAAGGAAGGAAAAAGAGAAACUUGAGGAGGAGUAUGGUAGGAGGGAAGGAGCACUGAAGCAGGAAGCCCAGUCACAAGCAAAGCAACUUGAAGUCCAGGAGGGUCGCUUAGCAAAGGUGAGUCAGGCUGUGCGCAGCCUAGAGGAGCAGAGCUGCAAGCUCUUGUCUGAGAAAGAACAACUCAGCCAAAAGGUCAAGGAGCUGGAGGAGCAGGUGGAGCAGCAAAACUCUGCAGUGAGCCAAAAGGAUGAGGAGAGCAGGCAGCUGAAAGUGGAGAAGGUGAAUUUGCAGCAGUCCAAGGAGAAGAUGGAAGGGAGGCUGAAAAAUUUGGAAGCUUCUAAAGCUUCCCUGGAAGCUGAGGUAGCCAGGCUGAGGGCCUCUGAGAAACAGCUUCAGAGUGAGAUAGAUGAUGCCCUGAUGUCAGUUGAUGAAAAAGAGAAGAAGCUGCGGGAUGAGAACAGACAACUGGAUGAAGACUUGCAGAAUGCCAGGAGGCAAAGCAAAGUUCUGGAGGAGCGACUGGAGGCUCUGCAUUCAGACUAUGAAGAACUAAAGCAAAGAGAAGAGACCACCAAGGAGUCUUACACUGCACUCGAAGGGCAGCUGAAGAGCACUAAACAGCAUAACUUCCAGAUGGAGAACAGCUUGAGCACCUUAAAGGAAAGCCAAGAGUGUCUCCAGUCACAGCUCACAGAGAAGGAAGUAGAGCUGCAAGGCCUGGAGAGCCAGUGUGAGCAGCUAAGAGAAGAAGCUGAAAGACAAAGAAAGAGAGCAGAAACUCUUGAGGCAGAAAAGCUGAGUGUGGAAAAGACAUGCCUUCAGCAGGCAGAGCUCAUCCAGGCCCUCACAGCAGAGAAGGAAUCCCUGGGAAAACAGCAGCUGCAGCAGCUGGCUUCUCUGGAGACAGAGGCAAAAGAGCUGACCUGCAGGCUGACCGUCAGCCAAGAGCAGCUAGAGGUCAGCCGUGGGGAAGUGUCCAGGCUGCAAGCAGAGGUCCUCGACCUGCGAGUCAAGCUUCAGCAGGCUACUGACGAGCGGGAGCAGAUCGGAGGUGAGCUCGCGGUCACAGAGACUGUCCUGGGCCAGCAGAAGGCACUUGUCCAGCAGCUGAAAGAGCAGAACGAGUCACUCAACAGAAAUCAUGUACAAGAGCUGGUGCAAUGCAAAGAAAGAGAAGAAGUGCUGAGGAAAGAGCAGGAGGCAGCAGCCCAUCAAAAAGCCGAGCUGGAAAGCAAUUUCUUGAAGCUGAAGGAAGAGCUGUCCAAGGUUAAGCAGUACUUGCAGGUUGCUAGAAUGGAAAACGAGGAAAACGAAGAUCUCCUCCACAGGACCAACACAGAUAUGGCUGAACUUGGUAUUCAGAUUUGUGCCUUGACCUCUGAAAAGGUGAAUGCAGAAGAGCAGUUAGCCCAGGCCACAGAAAGGCUAAAAGAACUGCAAGCGCAGGCAGCAGAACAACAGGAGAAGCUGAAGCUUGACAUCUCUAAUCUCAGAGAGGAGAGCAAGAGCCUGCAAGAGAAAUUAGAGGAGGCUCAAAAAAGUGCCUCAGCUGUGCCAAAUCUGCAAUUGCAGCUGGAGACAGUAAAGAAGGAGGCACAGAAUUUCCAAGAGACCAGCCAAGAGGAGCUGUCUGCAAUAAAAUUUCAAAUGAGCACAGAAAUUCUAAGUUAUCAGACAAAAUUCAAGGCCGUCAGCGAGGAGUGUGGGAGCGUAAGGGAGCAGCUUGAGGAGCAGAAGCGACAACAGCGUGCUGCAGAGGAAGAGAUUGCAGAGUUACAGGCUGCAAACACAAGUUUGUCUAGAAAGCUGGAUGAAGCAAGAGAGCAGCUCUCUGAAUCAGAAUCUGCUCGGCUGCAGAAGGAAGAGGAGGUGACAGCUCUGAAAGACCUCUUGGAAAGGAUCCAGAAAGAAGAUGAUGAAGCAAAAGAGAAGGUCCUGGAUUACAGUGAGAAGCUCAGCAAGGUGGCAGCAGAUAAAGACAGCAGUGACCAGAAGCUAUUUGCUGUGCUGGAUGACCUGACAAGAACAAAGCAGUUCCUUGAAGAACGUUUGAUAGAACUUAUCAGAGAUAAGGAUGCUUUGUGGCAAAAAUCAGAUGCUCUGGAGUUCCAGCAGAAGCUGAGUGCAGAGCAGAGGUGGCAGGGGGACACGGAGGUCAAUCACUGCCUGGACUGCCAGAGGGAGUUCUCAUGGAUGGUGCGUCGGCACCACUGCAGAAUGUGUGGUCGCAUUUUCUGUUACUACUGCUGCAACAACUACAUGGUGACAAAGCCUGGUGGGAAAAAGGAGCGUUGCUGCAGAGCUUGCUUUAGUAAGCCAAGAGUCAUUGUGGACAGUGCAGAUGACUCUGGAUCCAGUGCCAACCAGGAAGGAUCCCCAGCUUCACUGGAAUCCCCUGUGUCACCAUCUGAGAGGGCUCUUGUUGCAAGUGAAGCCUCCAAACUACUAGAUGAUGCAGCAUUUGAUAUAAUCACUGAUGAGGAGCUGUGCCAAGUACAGGAAUCGGACUCACUCCACAGUGAAAGUCAGAUGGAGAGAGACUCUCUGGAUCAGAGCGUGACAGAUCUAAACAGCACGUGCAAUUCUUCAACUGUUGACGAAGCAGAAGAGUGGCAAGUUGCUCAAGAUGCUGAGAUCUGCUUGUUGAAGUCGGGAGAAAUCAUGACCAAACUACCCCUUACAGUGGAAGAGAUUUUAAAUUUUGGGGAAAGUAACAGAGAGCUGUUCAUUAAAUCCAGCACCUACAGCAUCAUUCCCAUCACUGUUUUAGAGAUGGGGCUGACAAUCAGCUGGAUCUUUUCGUCAGACCCUAAGAGCAUAUCUUUCAGCGUCAUCUACCAAGAGGCGGAGGACACGCCACUGGAUCAGUGCAAAGUUCUUAUUCCUAUGACCCGCUGCAACUCUCAUAAGGAAACUAUAAGAGGACAGGUGAAGGUCAGAAACUCUGGAAUCUACACACUGAUAUUUGACAACACAUUCUCCAGGUUUAUCUCCAAACGAGUGUUCUAUCACUUGGCCAUCGAGCGACCUGUCAUCUAUGAUGGAAGUGACUGCCCUUAGCCUUGGGCACACAGGGUUAUUUUAAAUUCUAUUUUAAGAAAUGCUGUUAUUUAUGUACCUGUAAGCAUUAUGAUUACCACUGUGUUGGAAGACUUUGAAACUAUGCAAUAGCUGCAAUGCACUUAGAGAAGAUGUAGACACUAAAAACCAGAAGCCUUUUUAGGAACACUAAUGGCUCUGUACCAUGUACAGACUGCUCUGAAGCCACGGUGUGUGACUGAACAGGUCAAGUCGUGUUCCAACCACUUUUCUUUCCAGUGGGGAGAAAAGUGAGAGGGCAUCUAAAUGCAAACUGAAGUUCUCUACUGAAAAUUAAAUUACUUUUCUUCCAAAAAUAUCCUUCAAAAGGAAAUGUAAAGAAAAAUGUGUGCUUUGUUGGCCUCUUCUCUGAGGAAUAAACUUAGGUGUUUCUGUUCUGCACCAGGACUCUUGGUCAGAACAAACUAUGCAAUACUUCAGCCUUCACAGACAUCUGUUGUAACCCAGCCAGAAUUUUGUACCUUUUCCAAGCUUCAAAAACAGCCAGCAUAGGGUAUUUACACUUUGGGUUAAGGUUUGGUGAGUCUUACCUGGCUUUUACAAAUGCUUCAGUACUGAAUACCAGUUACAAACAGUCCUUCUCUGGAGACUUUCAAAGCCAACAUGGAUGUGUUCCUGUGUGACCUGCCCUGCCCUAGGUGAUCCUGCUUUGGCAGAGGGGUUAGACCUUCCAACGCCCUGACAUUCUGUGAUUUUGUGAACAACAGGAAUCAGCAGCUCCUUUCACUGUUACUUGCUGUCCUCUAUAAGAUGGCCCAGAGAAAGCAGCUCUUACAGUGCAAGUACUGCUCACUGUGGGUGACAUCAGGAAGAAGAGCACUCUUUUUCCCUGC